UUGUGAAUGAAGGAAGCGGCGGAGGGUGGAAAACAAACUUUACCACUUUAUUUCUCCAGCCUGCGUCCAUCUUCCUCUCAGCCACCAAAGGUGGACUCAGAAGAAGCGACACCGGACCGGCAGGAGCUGAGGAACCGCAAAGCUGCUGUGCCAUUGAAGCUUUCUAGAAAAACCCUAGAAGAUGUUUCUUACUUUAGCUGUUUGUUUCUGCAUGAUGGUGUUAGUCAGUGCAGACCCUUGUCUCAUUAUCAGUGAGAUCAACGCUGAUAAUCCAAGACUGGACACCACUGAGUUUGUGGAGCUGUACCACACGAGUGGACAGCGAGCCUCCCUUGAUGGCUACACCCUUGUGUUCUAUAAUGGAAAUGGAAAUAUAGCCUACAAAGUGUUGGACCUCAAGGACCACAGCACGGAUGACAGAGGUUUCUUUCUGGUGGGCUCAGUGGACUUGGUGCCCAAGCCGGCCAUCCUCCUGCCUCCAAACACAGUCCAGAACGGCCCGGAUGCCGUAGUUCUCUACCGCACCUCUGCUGCCCGCUACACAGAGAAGAUGAACGUCACGGCUGUGGGGCUGGUGGAUGCUGUGGUCUACAUGACCCGCCGCUCUGGAGGAGCUGAGUUCCUGGCUGAGAUCCUGACCCCCGGGGAGCAGGCCUUUGUUGAAGAUGAAGCGGCGCACGAGGAGGAUGAGUCAAUCGAGAGGUGCUUGCUUUCUGAAGAUCAGUGGGGCUUCCAGUUGUCCCUGCCAUCGCCAGGGCAACGAAACAACUGCACCCCGCCUGCCGCCCCAUUGGCCAGCCCCUUCAUUAAUGAGCUGAAGCUGGGUGGAGGACAAGUUGACGGGUUGGUUGAGCUGACGGAUGCUUCAACAGCAGGUCCUGUUGUGAUGGUAGUGUGGGAUGGAAAAACGGACCAGGUUAGUGUCAGCAUGGAUGUGGACACCUCCAGAACUGGACUCACCUACUUGACCGUAGGCAAGAAAUACAUGAAAGGAGAUGACCCUGGCGCUGUGGCUAUUUACGGUGGCAGAGCUGCAGACUUUCCAGUGGGAAGCCCGCUGAGCCAGACUCAGCCUCUCGAUGCGUUCGUAUUCGCCGGUCCUGGAAACAAGCCAAGCGCCAACCUCACAGAGACACUCAUCCCAGGCAGGCUGCCAUACCAGCUCAGCAACAGUCUGCGAGAGGGAGGCUUCUAUCUCAGUCGCUGCGGUGUGGCUACCUGGGCCAGAGAUCCUGGUGUUUUCUGGGAGGCCCCACAAACUCCAGGGUUGCCCAACAAGUGCCCCUGGCCGAAGAUCUGCCCUCACACCAUUUUGAUUCCUGGAGGUACAGAUUCACCGCCUCACCUCCCACCUCGGAGCAGUGGUGACUUCCUGAUCAAUGAGCUGAACACUGACACACCCGGUGCAGCCGAGGACGGAGAGUACAUUGAGCUCUGGCACCCAUCAGGUCUCAGGGUCUCCUUGCAGGGCAUCUGGAUUCUGCUGUUCAGCGCGCACAACAACAAGCCGUACCGCGAGAUCAGCUUGAGCGGGCACUUUACCACCUCCAAAGGGUAUUUCCUGCUGGGCAGCGACAGGCUGGUGCCGGCUCCAUCACUUCGCCUUCCUCCCAACACCAUCCAGAACGGACCGGACGCCGUGGCGCUCUACCGUAGCCUGUCAGGCCCACCGUCAGCCACUCAGAGGGGGAUCCCAAUGAAAGGCCUGCUGGAUGCAGUGGUCUACCGGCAGAGGGGUUCCGAUAGGGAGGCACAGGAGCUGUGCAAAGCUCUGACCCCAGGACAGCUGCCAUUGUUGGAGGAUCCAGAUGUUCUGCCCGGAGAUGAAGCCCUCAGCCGCUGCGGAGGCCUCUACCCCUUGGACCUGUCUGCUUUCUCGGUGGCUCCGCCCACACCUCUGCGGGAAAACAUCUGCCCCCGUCCUCCUCCAGCGCCUGAAGGUGUUGUCAUCAGUGAGGUGGCCAGUGGGCACUGGAGCAAUCAGAGCCAACAGACGGCCUUCGUGGAGUUGCAUGGGCCGCCCAUGACAGAACUGAGGGGCUUGGUGCUCUCUGUGUUUGAUCAGGACCUCAGUGGCACCGUCGUUGCUCUUCCUUUAAAAGGAGUUAUUGAUCAGAAUGGGUUUUACGUCAUUGGAAACGUCACUGAAGCAGAUCAGAUGUUCCCUGACGGCAACACGGUGCCGGCACGAGGAGCAGUGGUCCUGUGCUAUGACUUGUUUAGUGUCUGCAGAGCCGGUACUGCUCUGACCAACUCCAGCCUCAGAGAUGUGCUGGUGUUCAGUGAAAACCAGCGGCUGCUUUCCUCUCUGUCCACCACCAGGGGGAGACAAGUGAUGCCUGCCCCAAGGUCCGUGGGGAACAGUCCCAUCUCACUCAGCCGGUGUUCAUGCUGUGAGGUCAGGAACCCGUCCUCGUGGACUAGCUCGUCCCCCUCGCCUCACAGCAACAACCUCUGUCCAAGCUCCGCCUACUCAAGUCAAAUCGAUCUCUGCCUUGGACCCCUGUCCACCGACUGGCCAGAGCAGUCGAGAGACUGCAGCGAUCUGAAUCAUGGAAAGAAGAUGGCCGACGUGGCCGACUACUUGGAGCAGAGGUGUCACUGUGGGAUCUCUGCACUGUAUCUACAAGGAACCAAUUUUUCCUGUGUGUCCGGAUGGCUGCGAGUGUGGGGGGACAUCCAGGCGCUGUCCGACCACCAGAAGGCGCUCAUCAUCCAGACCUCCAGCAUGAACUCCUCUCCUGCUCAAGCUGAGGCCUGUUCUUCUCCUACCACAGACCGUUACACAGGAACAGCAUCAUCGCUGGGCUUGCAGAUCGGGCUGAUCAUAGCGGUGCUCCUGGUGCUCGGACUCGGAGGUGCUUUGUUCACAUUUCUCUACAGGAGGAGGCGUCCUCUAGACUAUUACACCAUGGAGCUGAGCGAACACGCAGAGGGGCUGUCAGACCUAUAAUCCAAGCUCUGAAUCAACGAGUUUGCGUCUGAAAGUUGAAGUCUGGACUUCAGGAAAGCGAAUGAUGGAUGAGGAUGAUCAGAGGCUUGUUUCAGGUACAUGUCACCAGUGCUGCUGCAGGCGACCCUCUGUGUGCCGGCAGGGGAUCACUGAGGGAACUGACUUUGUAAAUGUUCGUGAGCGGUGCAUUCGGAUGCGGUUUGCAGCAUUUUCUGGCUCCAGCAAUGCCGGAUAAUAACAGAUUUUUCUAAGGACUCAUAUGUGACCUUUGCCUUGGAACACUGGUGGUUACUGUUUGUAAGGAAAAUUAAGAAAGAAAUUGCUCGUUUUCUUAUUAUUUGAGUCAUAAAUACUCAUUUUGAUGAUUUAUUUGUUCCACUUUGCGUAAACUUUUUAAACCACAGACUUUUGAAACAACUAUAUUUUGCAUCAUCAUUUUUGAAGGAAACUCCUAAAUGAAAUUUGUUCUGCUGACAUUUGUUCUUAAAGACAGUCCUGCUUUCUCUCCUGUCUUAUUUUAAAUUGCAGUUAAUCCAAGGUUUUGACUGUCCCUUAAAUGUGAAUGGCUUUUAAUGUCACAUGUAGCCUUUAACCACUUUUUAUAUGCUUGCUUAAAGCAAAUUGUUUACACGUUCCUAAUUAAGAAUUAGAAGAAAAAUGUGCAAAGCUGAUAAAUACGUUUUUUAAAUGAUGAGUGUUUGCAUUUGGGAAUAAGGUUGCUUUGUAUUCAGAACUGAAUUCCUGAUGGUUUACAUGUAGGGAUGCACCGAUUGCUCAGCUGUUUAUUGGAAUCGGCCGAUUUUCUAGCUUGAAAAAUGUCCGGUCUUUUCCUCCCCAUCAGUGAACACAGCAUAAUAAUUACAUUUACAUAAAUAUCCAGAGGUGAACUUUAAAAAGUUCUCCAACCUGGUUUUAUUGUAGAGAAGAAAUUGGCAGCAGCAGUCAGAUGUUUACAUACACUCAUGAUGAAAAUGACAACUGGAAAUUUUUUAUGCAUUUGAACUUUUAUCAGGGUAAAAUUAUUAUGCACACACAUCUUCAGUGGUUUUUGUUUAUUUAAAUACAAAAGUCAACUUUCUAUAUUUCCUUUUUUUCAUCUGCAGAGGUCUGCAAUAAACACAAGAGAUAUAAACGCUCCUCCACUAAUAUUUAUUUUAUUGUCCCUUAGUAAGUUGCAUCUUGACCACACCAUUCCCAGGUUCUGGAUAUUUGACCCCUUGGGGUGUAUUCACAGCAGCCACAUUUGGUUCACUUUAAAUGGACAAGGGUUCAUUUACCCGUUCGUCCGGACAUUGUGUGCAGAUGUGAAUACAAUCAAGCAAACUCAAGUGCGCACCAAACAACUGACUGAAACGCACUCGGACCGCUUGCAAAUGAACUCUGGUGUGGUUCGCUUCUUGUGUAAAUAGAAACCAGCCUCGAUCUGACCCAACUACAGCUCUUGACCCUCACAAUGAUAUAGCAGCAUUAAUGACGGCACAGAUAUGCAGAACAGAGGUGCUGCAUGCAGCACAUCUACAGUUGUUUUCCUGCAUUUCCUGGUCUGUGGUCUGUCCCGCCUCCAUCAUUUCUGUCCAAUGGGAGCAAUGAUCGUCACACCUGUGGCUUUAUAGUUAUAGUUCGCUUAAAAAAAUUAAAAUGUGGAAGCAGAUCGCACCAAACGAGAAACAUAAAGUCCUCUUUUGGUCCGGACCAAUCAAGCGGACCAAAGGACUAUCCUGGUGUAGAUACACCCUUAUUUUGUUAGGAAGUGUAGUUUAGUUAUUUGGGUUGGUUUAUCCACAGUAUUGUUUAGAUCAGGGUUUUCCAAAAGCUUAAUGCUAACCUGGUUUAUCUAUUUCAGAACCAGAUUUAAUGUGUGUGUGAGCCACAUAUGGCUUCUUCUCAGGCUGCAUGGUCACCAUGUUCAUUUUUCACUUUGUUAAAUUCAUCAGUACCUAUAUCAGCAAAAUAGCCCCACAGCAUGAUGCUGCCACCACCAAGCUUGACAUGUAGUGUAGUUGUCAGAACUUUAGAAGCUUUAUCAAGGAUUCCUCCGAUAUACUUCUUGUCAUUUUAGCCGAAUAGCACAACCGUUGUCUCAGCUGACCAUAACUUUUCCCCCCAUUGCAUUUGGCUUCUUUAUGUGGGCAACUGCAGCUUUCAGCCGUUAGCCGUGUAAAACUGGCUUCCAGCAGUUUCCUGGUUAUGAUCCGCCUGGACCUGGUUCUUGGGCGGUUCCUGAUCCUUCUGAUGGGUCAAUCUGGGCCAAAUGGUUGAAACUUGGUUCCAACAGGACAAUGAAGUUGUUGUCGAGCAAAUAAACUGUUUAAAUGCCCCAAAUUAAGGAGAAUUAUGAAUUUAUGCAGAGUACUGCAAAUGUUACUUUACAAUCAGAAUCAGAAUCAGAAAAGCUUUAUUGCCAAGUACGUUUUUGGACAUACAAGGAAUUUGUUUUGGCGUAGUCGGUGCAAUACAAUACAAAUUAAACAGUAUAAACAUAUCUACAAUAUAAUAU